AGACCUUUGAUCAGCACCUUCUUGUGAGAACAAUUCCUGAUCACAGGACUUGUGCCUUCCCUCCUUCUGUCCUCACCCUAGAGGACAGAAUUUGCUCUCCCAUUACAGUGGGCAGCUUAAACCUUAUGUGCUGAUUUUCCUGCCCAUUGGAGGACAUGGGAGGGACAACCCAUCUUAAGCAUGUCUUCCUACAACAGCAGAAAACACCCAUAUCAUGGGCUCAAAGAGAAUCCUGAGAUCCAAUGAGAUUGUCUUGCCUGUCAGUGGGCUUGUGGAAACAGAGCUGCAGCUAACCUUCUCAUUACAGUAUCCUCACUUCUUGAAACGAGAUGCAAACAAGCUGCAGAUCAUGUUGCAGCGAAGGAAGCGGUAUAAAAACAGGACCAUCCUGGGCUACAAAACUUUGGCUGUUGGCCUUAUCAACAUGGCUGAGGUUAUGCAGCAUCCAAGUGAGGGGGCCCUGGUGUUGGGACUCCACAACAAUGUGAAAGAUGUUUCUGUCCCUGUUGCAGAAAUUAAAAUCUAUUCUCUGUCCAGCCAGCCAAUAGAUCAUGAAGGGCUCAAAUCUAAAUUAUCUGAUCGCUCUCCUGAUAUUGAUAACUACUCAGAGGAAGAGGAAGAGAGUUUCUCUUCCGAACAGGAAGGAAGCGAUGACCCUCUACAUGGGCAGGAUUUGUUUUAUGAAGAAGAGGACCUUAGAAAGGUGAAAAAGACUAGGAGAAAACUGACAUCAGCUUCUGCAGUUACUCGGCAGCCAAAUAUUAAACAGAAGUUUGUGGCUUUACUGAAGAGAUUCAAGGUAUCAGAUGAGGUUGGCUUUGGACUGGAGCAUGUUUCUAGGGAACAGAUCCGAGAGGUAGAGGAAGAUCUUGAUGAGCUCUAUGAUAGCUUGGAGAUGUAUAACCCCAGUGACAGUGGACCUGAGAUGGAAGAUACAGAGAGCAUUCUCAGCACACCAAAGCCAAAACUCAAGCCUUUCUUUGAGGGAAUGUCACAGUCAAGCUCCCAGACUGAAAUUGGAAGCCUUAACAGCAAAGGGAGCCUUGGCAAAGAUGCCACUAGCCCAAUAGAAGCAUCCAUUGCAGACAAAAUGAAACCCAGCAGGAAUAAAAAUGCAGACGACAGUAUUAAUGAAACAGAUACAUUGGAUGGCAAUGAGCCAGAUGCAUUUGGGGACUCAACUACUUUAAUCAUCCCAGAAAAAGUAAAGACUCCCAUGAAGACUAGCAUGAAGGGAGAGCUUCAGAACAUGGCAUCACCUAGCAAAAUGGACAAUGCUACGCACACACCACGGCAGAAGCGCAGCACGCCCCUCAAGGAGCGCCAGCUUUCAAAGCCUCUCAGUGAAAGGACCAACAGUUCAGACAGCGAAAGAUCACCAGACUUGGGUCAUAGCACACAGAUUCCUCGAAAGAUUAUUUAUGACCAGCUGAAUCAAAUCCUUGUGUCAGAUGCAGCACUUCCAGAAAACAUCAUCCUUGUGAAUUCUAUUGACUGGCAGGGUCAGUAUGUAGCUGAUCUCCUUCAUGACCAGAAGAAGCCAGUAGUUUGUACAUGUUCCACUAUCGAAGUACAAGCUGUCCUCUCUGCAAUCCUUACAAGGAUCCAGCGAUACUGUAACUGUAAUUCUUCUAUGCCGCGUCCUGUGAAGGUGGUGUCUGUGGGAGGCCAGAGUUACCUCAGUUCCAUUUUGAGGUUUUUUGUGAAGCAACUGGCAAACAAGACAUCAGACUGGCUGAACUACAUGCGCUUCCUUAUCAUCCCACUGGGUUCUCAUCCAGUGGCCAAGUACAUAGGCACUGUGGAUAGCAGAUACAGUGGUAUGUUUCUUGAUACAGGUUGGAGAGAACUCUUCAGCAAGUCUGAGCCACCUCCAGCUGACUCUUUAGAUGUGGUUGGCCGGAUAAUGCAGUACAUAAGUGGAGCAAAUGUGACACAUCAACUGCCUGUAGCUGAAGCCAUGCUGACAUGCAAACAUAAAUUCCAAGAUGAAGAUUCUUACCAGAAAUUCAUCCCUUUCAUUGGGGUGGUUAAGGUGGGCCUCAUCGAAGAUUCUCCUGCAGCUACAGGAGAGGGAGAAGAUUCCCCCCUCAUCAGCCUUACAGUUCCUUCCACUUCUCCCCCUUCUUCCUCUGGCCUUGCCAGAGACAUCACUGCCACUCCUCCAUCAUCUCCUUCUAUGACUAGUGGACUGGCUGUCAUGGGUUCUCCCAAUAGUCCUUAUGGUGACGUCAUUGGGCUACAAGUGGAUUAUUGGCUAGCCCAGCCUUCAGAGAAGAAGAAGGAAGGGGAAAAAAAGGAUGCAAGUUCCAAAAACACACUCAAGAGUGUCUUUCGCUCUGUGCAAGUGUCACGGCUUCCAAACAGUGGGGAAACCCAACUGUCUGGGACUAUGGCCAUGACUGUUGUCACCAAAGAGAAGAAUAAGAAAGUUCCCACAAUCUUUCUGAGCAAGAAACCCAAAGAGAGAGAGGUUGAUUCCAAGAGCCAAAUGAUUGAUGGAAUCAGCCGGUUAAUCUGCUCUGCAAAACAGCAGCAAACUAUGCUGAAAGUUUCCAUUGACGGAGUGGAAUGGAGCGACAUCAAAUUUUUCCAGCUAGCUGCUCAGUGGCCAACCCAUGUGAAACAUUUCCCUGUUGGACUUUUUGGUUCAAAGCCAGCCUGAUGGUGGCUAUGCAUCUUUCCUGCAUCCUCAUUGCUCUGUGAUGUGUCAUCAACUCUGUCCAAACCAUCAGCCAAAUUGAAGCUCUCCUGUGGUAACAUCACCCAUGUCACAUUACUGUGUUUUGGUCUGGCCUCAAUAGGGAGGGACUGGCUUCAGAUGCCAAGAGAAAUGCUACAUUUUUGUUCUAGCCAAGGAGCACCCGCAUACUUACUUUUUCAUAUUUUGCUGCCACGUUGUGUCAUGGGUAUCUAACACCCAUCUGCUGAGUGUGCUGCAUCUUGGGAUUGAAUUCCCCAAAGACUUCAGUUCUGCUCAUCUUUCAUUACACCUUGUGCACACUCCUUCCUUGAGCUGACCUGACACACCUGUGUCUUCCUGAAGAAUGUGUAUUGAGAACUAGCAUUUUGAAAAUCUGCCUUCAUCAACAUUGUUCCUGUUCAUUGCAUUCUCACUUUCAUUGAACCAGGUGAGAGCUUUGAUUUCUUAAAGUUCUACUCAGCCUUGGUCUUCUCAAAAGCACAAAGCUACAAAGCCUGUUGGCUAUGUUAGCUCCCACACUCAAUCUCAACUUGGCUAGCCAUUAACAGUUGAGACCCUUCCUCCUCUGCUCCAGUCUCUCCUAUUUCACAGUCAUAAGGUCAAACAUGCCAAAUUGUUGGAAGGAGCCUUAAUGUACUGUACAUGUGAGGUUGUUCUCUCAUUGCCUGGAUAAGGAUUAGAAGAAUCACUUUGAAGUGAAGUAGAAUUUUUCUUUAGCAGUUCCAUUCAUUCUACUGGCCUAGCUAUGUGCAUUCGCUGUUCUGUAAUGGUACUAGUCAUUUCUUGUAUAUUUUUUAGACCAAGCAAGUGAAGUAACUAAUUCUUCCCAAGAGAAGUUUUUUUUUAAAAGCAUUGGGGCAUAUUUAACUAAAAUAUACCUACAUUCCAAAUAAUGCUCCAUUUUCUAAGGUGAUAUUAUAGUGGAGCAAGGAGUGGGAGAGGUUGUACAUCAUUGUAGGAAGAAAGAUGAUUUCACUGUGUAGCAGAGGUGCUCACUUUCAACUCUCAAUACUGUCAACAGUGUUGAGAAGUGCAUGAUCCCAGGUGCAUUCUGCACAAAACCCCUCUGGGCUUUUAUCUGCUGCUGAGAAAGCUUUGUGGUAUGACGCACAAGGAUACUUGGAGCAGCCUAUCCAAGCUUUUCUUCUACAGCCCACCUACCACUCUAACCUUUUCUAAGAUGGGAUCACAGAAGCAUUCCUGCCUCCCAAAAUCAUUUGAAAAAGAUCUGUAUCACAGGGCAUUUAAGAAUAUGUAUGCCACCAGACAUCAUAGACUUUGACAGAUGUUCCAUUUCCAAAACAUCUGUUCAGAGAGGCAGGAGAGCAGCCUAUGCCCUGAGGUUUCUCUGUUGAAGGGAGUAGGUUUAAUAUUAGUGUACUAGUUUGGGCAGCCCAGUCUUUGUGACACAGGUGCAGUUAUUAGCUGUCAUACAGUGAUAGUUCAGGAAGUGGGGGUUGGAGAAGAGUUGUUCCUCCAGAGUAGGUCUACACUUGAGUGGACUUUUUUUUUUUUUGUAUGACUGAUAGGAACAACAUCACCCCAAACACCUUCCUUCUCCAAAAAUAUGCACUCUUGUUUUUUGCUAAGAUAAAACAUGAAAGCAAGAAGCAUCUCCACACACACCAAAGGAUGAAAAAUGGGAACCACCUUUUCUCUUUUCCUAGCAAGGCUUGUCAGAGCCUUAUUGCUUUCAGCUUGUUCCUGACCAGGAAUAAAAUAAACUACUGUAUUCCCAAUGGAAUGUUUAUCACUGUACUUUCGGCCCCGUGACACCAGCCCAUUGACUUGGCUGAAAACUGCUCUGGGCCAUAUUAAUUUAAAAGCACUUAUCUGCUCAAGGCAUAUGAUGUGUCUCUAUCAGAAAGUGGGGCAUAUGGCCCAGAACCAAUCUCCUAAAUGCUUUUAGCAUUUAAGAACAUGUACUUAGCGAUAAAAAAAAUAUUUUGGAGUAACUUUAUGGAAUAGGAUGUAGGAGGAACAAUUUUGUCUUCUUAAAAGUGGUUAUGCUAGUUUACAGUGCAAGGAGAAAGUUGGAGUUGCAGAUUAAAAGAAGGAAAUGUCUGCAUCUCUUUCCUUCAAGCUGUUUUUCCUUGGGGCCAGUUCUUUCAAAUCCCCUUCAGGCAUGUCUUUGCUGUUUGGGAGGAAGAAGAACCAUAGGAACAGAAACAGUAACCAAUAUUCAGAAUUCCUAGACAGCCUAAGACCCAUUUUUAAUUUCUCUAAAAAUGGGUCUUAGGCUGUCAAGGAAUUCUGAAUAUUGUUCUAGAUUCUCACUUCAGGAGAAGAUUCUUCUAAGUCGGGCUUAGAAGCCAUGCAUGGUGGCCCAUCUAGAGUUAGAUAAAGAGACUGCUUGGCUAACCUGUUUUAAAUGGUUUUGUUGAGUGCCUAGCAGGUUACAAUUCAUGGUGUUGGGCAAGUUCACAGUGCAACUCCAGGGUAAGGUGGUACUUGGGAUUGAUGAGAUUUGUCAGCUUCCAGGAAACACUGCCUUUGUCACAGUUUGACUUUUCAAAUUCUCUAGAUUUGCUCUUGUUUUUGUCCAAUCUGAAUGAAUGUGAAAAAGCAUAAGCUGUGCUAGGGACCCAUGACCUGUUGGGCUCCUUCAGAACACACGCACACUCCACCCACCCACCCCAACCAAAUUGUGCACUGCUCAUACCAUAUGUGCCCAUCCAUCAGUCAGAAAGGCAGGAAGGUGCCUCACACGUGUCCAGUACAAUGCAUUUUACUCUGUGGACCUGGCUUCUCAGAUUCAUAUUUGGCAAAGCCAGUCACAUUCUUCCAUUUGCAGCUUUGGUCUGGGACAGAGCGGCCUUGUUGGAGCUUAGGCUUGUCAGGAUUUUGGACAUCAUUAAUGGUCUGGGGAUUGGCAACCGGCUUUCCCCCUCCCUCCUUUUAAAUUCCCUUGAGACUCCAAUAUUAACCCUCUCCUUGUCCACAGCAUCAGAGGAUGGUGAGGAGAGGUUCAUGUUAGGAAGCAGCUGUCCAGCUAAAACUCUGGAGAAGUAAGUCCAGCAGCUGUUUUCUGUGGAGUUGGGCUGUAAGUGAGCAACAGUCUCCCAGCCCAAGUGAGUAGUAUUGUAGCAAGGAUUCUGGCGCUCAAGGAAGUCCUUUUGUCACCAUCUGCUCCUCCCAGAUGGUCUAGUAUCUAGCAGAGUGGAAGGUGUAAGCCACAGCAUCCUAGCCCGGAGUGGAAAUCAUCCUUGAGGAUGUGCAAAUCGGCACCUGAGCAAGCAAUUCCAAGAACUGUAUGCAUACGUACAAACAUACAUACAUACCUACAUACCAGCUGGACCCAACCAUUAUUUUCCUGGAUUCUUCACACUCACCACCCCACAAACGGCUUUCUAAAGAGAUCUACCAAAGAGAAGGAUUUUGGCCAAUGACUGACACUCCCACGAAAGAACUACAAUUGGAGAUAGGCAGCUCCAGAGCUCUCUAAGGUCUGUGUCUGUGUCCAUUUGAGGAUUAUCGUGUAUCCUGUUUUGCUGUGUGGAUUUUGCACAUUCUGAAUUUUUUGUCAAUAAUUGAGAUUGUUUGGAUUUCUCUGUGUUCUUUUGUGCCGCUCACUGUACAUAAAUAUGAGUUUUGUAUAUAAUCCCAUUUUUGUAAGCGUGUUGAUUCUCUUUCAUUCCAGUUUCAUCCCUGAACUUCCAAAUGGUCAUAUAGAAAAUUCCAGCCUUAGAAGGAUUUUGGAGCCUUAUUGGUAUUUAAUGCAUUUUAUUCUUGGGGGUCUGUUGUCUCUUCCUCUCCGCCCCAUUUUAGGAGUUUUUCAUUAAAUAAAUUGUGUCUUUUUCUUAACAAUUUUUGUUGUCAAGCUUGGUCACUUUAUUUCUUCUCAGAGCCCUUCAAACACUGUCACAGUGGGAGAAAUGGUUGAGGAGGGGACAGGAUGAAGAAACUGACAGCUAAAAUUGCACAAAAAUGGGUUUUAACAAUUAAAUAAACACAGAAGUUAAACUAUUCUGAGACUUUGGGCAUGGGUGAUAUAAUCCUAGG